GUGGGUCAGACGGUAUUAAUUGUUUUAUUUAUUUACUUCUCAAUUUUUAUCAGAUUAUCAGCUUUUAUUCAUCAGUUUUGCUCACAUUACAGAUAAGACGUAGGUGUCUUCCACCCAUUCUUCGAAUUUAAAGUCGUGAAUUCGUGAUAAAGUGAGCAGAUCCUCCCACGAACGACGCUGAAAGAUUGCAGUUUUUAAGUUUUGCUGAUUCAUUUGAUUAUUUUGUGCUUGCUCCCGCUGAGCAGGCGCGAUGGGCGAGCCCGCUGGGGAGACGACACAGGCGGCGGAGGUGGUGCACGGCGUGCGCGUGGCGGGCGUGCGCGACGUGCGCUGCGCCGAGCACGACGCGCUCGUGGUGCUGCUGGCGCCGGGCGCGCCGCUGCCGCAGGCGCUCGAGGACUUCAUCCGCGCCGCGCAGGACCUCGACGCCGCGCUCGAGAAGAACAGCGCCGUUCUAAGCUGCCCUCGCGUGUCGGGAGGCCGCCUCGUACUGUCUCCCACGGGGCCACUCACAGAAUAUGACGACGUGAGGAGCAUGUACGAGGCGGCGCGCGACGGCGUGAGGCGCGCGGCGGCGGCGGGCGCGCGGCGGCCGGCGCUGGCGCUGCUGCCGCACCCGCGCUGGCCGCGCGCGCAGCUCGUGGCGCUGCUGGGCGCGCUCGAGGCGCUGUACGUGCCGCUGCAGAUCCGCGAGUCGUUCCCGGAGCAGGCGCACGCGCUGGCGGCGCUGGGCGUGUACGCGGAGGGCGGCGCGGCGCCGCUGGCCGCGCUGCUGCGCGAGGCCGCCGCGCUCGAGGUCGCCAGGGGGCUGGCGCGGGACAUGGGCGGCGCGGACCCGGAGCGCAUGUCGCCGCGCGCGUGUGCGUCGCUGCUGCGCGGCGCGUUCGCGGGCGGGCCGGUGCGCGUGCGCGUGCUGGACGACCCGCGCGCGCUCGCGGCGCAAUACCCGCUGCUGGCCGCCGUGAGCCGCGCCGCCGACUCCGUCGACCGGCACAAGGGUCGCUGUCGUCCGCUGGUUUUGUUUUGCUUUUUAGCUUUGUUCGAUCGUUAACUUUUCGACUCGGUUGUCGAUUUCGAAUAGAUUUCGAUCGGUGUUUUGUAAACGACCGAUGAACGACGACGCCGUAAAACUUUUGAAUCGAAUCGAAGAUUCUGUCUGACGCUAUCGUCUCAGAACAGAGGUGCGAUUGUGUAAAGCGAUCGUAUUCAUUCGACAGUUCAAAACGUACGCUAUAUUCUGUCAAACGCUUUGCUUAAUAGAUUUUAUCGUACGUUUCGAACUGUCAAAUGAAUACGAUCGCUUUACACAAUAUUGCGCCAGAGGUACGAUUCGAAUUCAAAUCGAACCCGGGACCUCUGCGUCUAAAGCAGGUGGUCUCACCACUAGACCACAGAGGCGGUUAAAACGAUAGUUUAUUGAGAUAGAUAGGAUUGCUGUCACGAUACUUAUUUUUAUUAAUUUGCGUACUUAAAAUAUGAAAAGAACCAGUCACUAGCUUUAUUUGUGGAAAGAUAACAAAAUUAUUAUUUACUAGUGGCCGCCCGCGACUUCGUACGCGUGGAUCCCGUUUUACCCCCUUCAUCUA